AUGGCCCCAUCUUCCAAAUCAGCUAGACCUGCUCAGUACAAACAGUCCUCCAGAAAGGGUAAGAAAGCCUGGAGAAAGAAUAUCGAUUUAAGUGAGAUUGAGAAAUCUUUAGAGGAUAAGAGAGAACAAGAGAUCACUCAUGGUGUUGCUGAUUUAUCUGAAUUGAAGAACGAUGCGUUGUUUGCGGUAGAUGCCACUGGUGACGAUGAAUUGAAAUCUAAAUUGAUCAAGAGAAAACAAAUUAAGAAAAAUUUGAAAAGUAGAGAGAUCUUGGAAUCUAUUAAGACUAACUCUAAGGUGUCAGCAUUGAAACAUCAUAAACAUGAUUCUACCAUGGACACGGAGAAAAAAACUAAAGUACAAGGUGUUUCUAAGAAAAAAUUGAAUAAAUUAUUGGCUUUAGCUGGGAAAGUCCAAGGUGAAAGUAAGUUGAAAACCCGUCUUAAUAGAGAUGGUUUAAUUAAAUCUGAUAAAAAUGAUCUAUGGGGUGAAGAACCAGUAUCCAAAAAGGAUGGCAAAAAGUCUGUUACUUUACCUUCCGGGAUUAAAUUAGAUGUCAAAUCAAAGACAGAUAUCCCAGAGGAGUUAUUAACCCAUUCUACCACAAGUUGGUCACUUCCUUCUGUUGUACCAUCUACAUCUAAGAUUGAACCAGUUCAAGUACGUAAGUAUGAAACUGUUCCACAUUCUGGUAAAUCUUACAACCCAGAGGCCAAAGAAUGGAAUUCGUUAUUGAUUACAGAAUAUGAAAAGGAAGUUAUCAAUGAUGAGAAAAGGGUUAAAUUAGUUGAAUACAGGGAAAAGAUAAAACAUUUAAUGGAAACUUUGAAUGAUAACGAAGAGGAAGAAUCUUCUGACGAAUCUUCAGAUGAGGCUGAAGUUAUCACUGAACAAAACGAGGAUGGUUUAGAUUAUAGAUUAUCGACUAAUGACCCAGUUAAGAAUAAGAAAAAAACUAAAUAUCAAAGAAACAAAGCUAAGAGACACGAAGAAAAGGUUAAAUUACAACAGGAGUUGAGAAGUUUAAAGAUUCAUGUCAAAAAAUUGGAAAAGAUAGAAGAAAUUGGAAUUCUUGUAGCAGAAGAAUCUAAGGUUGAAACCACAAGUAAAGUUACAAAGGAAAGAAGACAUAACAAAAAUAAAUUAGGUACUAAAUAUGGUAUUCUGGAUGAAAGGUUAGAAAUUAAGUUUUCAGAUGAAAUGUCUGAUUCCUUGAGAAAAUUGAAACCAGAAGGUAAUCUACUUUACGAUAAUGUUAGAAAAUUACAAAGUUCAGGUAAGAUUGAAUCCCGUAUACCACUUAAGAGAGGUAGAAGAUACAAAAAAACUGUCACUGAAAAAUGGACUCAUAAGGAUUUCAAAUAA